GGAGAUACGCAACUUGGCAGUUGACACACAGCUCCUGCUGUUGGAUACUCCUACCAAUUGUCAACGCCUCACACUUCCCCAAGCGAUCGUGGGAAGCACGCACAGAGCUCGCGAAAGAAGAUGACAAUCGUGGAGAUGUGCGUGCAUAUGUGUUGCGCCGGGUGCGAGAAGAAGAUCAGGAAGGCGGUGGAAAGGUUAGAAGGAGUGGACGAAGUGGAGAUCGACAUGGAGAUGCAGAAGGUGACGGUGAACGGGGAUGUGGAGCAGAAGAAGGUGCUCAAGGCGGUGCGGAGGACGGGCAAGCGAGCCGUGCUGUGGCCGACGGCGCCGUACAUCGCCGCCGGCGUCGCGGGCGGCGCCGUCCAGCUCCUCGCGCAGCACCAGCUCCAGCACCACCCGGGCGGGGCCCAGACGUACGCGGCGGGGCCCACCUCCUCGUACAACUACUACAAGCACGGCUACGACGACUCGCGCCUCUACGGCGCCAACUCGUCCGUCGUCGGCACCAGGGCCACGGAUUACUUCAGCGACGAGAACACGGGAGGCUGCUCCGUCAUGUGACCAUGCGGAUGUGACCAGCACGACCAUCACCUGGAUAAGUUUUACUCUAGUAUGAGGACUUAAUUUAUCCUCUAUCUGUAAAUUAAGCACAAUCUUUUGGAAAAAGUUCGAACAGAUUCCACGAUUUCAAAUCGUUUGUUUAGGCAUAUUGAGAAGCCGUAUGUAUAUGAAGUCUGAAUGGUGUAGACUUGGAAGGUGCGGGCAUAUGGCCAAUAGAUGAGCCAAAUGGAACAAUAUCUUGUUAUUCGUGUAGCAUGCCAGUAUACGAGCAACUUAAGCAUG